GCUAGCAGAAGACGCCCCAAUUUAAAUCAUGACGUGUGAACAGUGAAGAGUUAAAAAAUAUAGUUUGCUCUGAUUUAAUUUUGAAUUGUAAAAUAAAAUAGUUUUUCUAUAAUCUUCCCAAUUGAAAAGUAGUCAUUAUCAUCAUCUUUUCUUAAUUAAAAAAAGAAAUGAAAAACGGAUCUGCAAAAACUAAGAAUGCUAAAAAAGCGGCGAAAGAAGCUAACAAGAAAUCCAGUGAUGCUGGUGGUAUCAGCACGCGAAAUGCAAUCGGAAUUCUAGUCAUUAUAUUCAUUUUUUCGAUUCUAUCGCUUAUUUGUGUAUACAGUUGUUUUCCUGAAGUAGAAGAAUCAGAAAAGCAAUACAUGAAGUUGCCCAGAGAUAUUGAGGAUGCAAAACAUCUUGGUGUAGUUCUGUCUCGUUUCAAGGACAAAUACUUUGUGGAAGUUCUUGGUGGAGUCUUUAUCACCUACAUUUUUUUGCAGACAUUCGCUAUUCCUGGAUCAAUUUUCUUGUCCAUUUUGUCUGGAUAUUUGUUUCCCUUUUAUUUAGCUUUGACUCUAGUCUGUUUCUGCUCUGCCACUGGUGCAACCUUGUGUUACCUACUCUCUUACUUGGUGGGAACAAAGCUUGUUAACCGAUUUGCCAAAGAGAGAGCCCAAGCAUGGGCCAAGAAGGUCAAUGAACACAGGAACAACCUUCUCAACUACAUUAUCUUUCUACGAAUUACACCUUUCUUGCCAAAUUGGUUUAUCAAUAUAACUUCUCCGGUAAUCGGUGUCCCCAUGGGUCCGUUCUUUUUCGGAACAUUUCUCGGUGUCGCACCUCCAUCCUUUGUUGCAAUUCAAGCUGGAACGACGCUGAAUCAAUUGACUUCCUCUAGCGACACGGUGUCCCUCAAUUCCAUUUUGAUUCUUGCGGCUUUCGCCGUCAUCUCUAUGCUACCGGUGGUAUUCAAACAACGACUUCAAAAGAAGUUUAGCUGAAACAUUGCCAUCGCAAUGUUCCUCGUACCAUACUAAGACGUAAUUUUAAGUUUUGUCAACAAGCUUCUGUUUCUUGACAGAGGAUUCCAUUUCCGAACAAUGUGGCUCUGAAUUGUGUAUUAAUAAAAUGAACCGACAUAUGUUAUACUAA